CAUACCUAUUGUAGAAAGUGUGUGACUUCUAGACAAUUUGAAAAGUGCCCCGUGGAUAAUAUGAAGCUAGCUGUUGUGGUGAACAAUAUCGCUGUGAAUGAACAAGUUGGAGAGUUAUUAAUCCAUUGCAAGUAUGGUUGUAAACCAAGUCAGAUCAAUCUAGGUGAAUAUGAAGUAGAUCCAGAAGGAUGCCCAUUCACCAUCAGGAUUAGUGAUAGAAAAGAGCAUGAGUCACAGUGUGGCUAUGCCCCCGUCCGCUGCCCCAAUAAUCCGGAUUGUCCGCUCGUCCUAAAGAUGAAUCUGGAAUCUCAUCUCUUGAACUGCAACCUCUGUAAAUGUGAUCAUCAACGAUAUGGUUGCCAUUUUGUAGGCACGCAAGAACAGGUGGAAGCACACCUAUCUCAGGGUCAGUGUGCCUAUGACAGCAUCAAAGACUUCCUCUCUGCCUCCGAUGAUAAGAUCCGAGAACUCCAGAUGACCAUCCACCAGAAGGACCAGGAGAUAGGUUUCCUGCGCUCCAUGUUAGGCAAGCUCUCAGAGAGGGUUGACAGGCUGGAGAAGUCAAUGGAGAUGAAAAUAAACUACAUGGACGAUAACAUCAACCGAGUAGAGAAGACGAUCGUUGAUCUGGAUGAGAACCAGAGGACGAUCUCGGAGGAGCUCAUCGACCAUGAGAGAAACUAUACCAUGGUCAAUAGAGAACUCUCUGUCAUCAAUGCUAGGCUUAACUCGGGAGCGGCUGGAGCCUAUGAUCCUCAACAGGUCUACAAGUGCAAAGGAACGUUUGUUGGACACCAGGGUCCUGUGUGGUGUCUAUGUGUGUACGGUGAUCUUCUCUUCAGUGGUUCUUCAGAUAAGACCAUCAAGGCAUGGGAUACCUGUACCAACUACACAUGUCAAAAGACGUUAGAAGGCCAUAAUGGCAUUGUCUUGGCGCUCUGCACACAUGGAAACCGUCUGUACAGUGGAUCUGCAGAUUGUACAAUCAUGGUGUGGAACAUCGAUGCCCUUGAACUUGAGAAGACAAUCCCGGCCCAUGAGAACCCCGUUUGUACGUUGGUGGCAGCAAACAACAUGCUCUUCAGUGGUUCAUUGAAAGUUAUUAAGGUCUGGGACCUACAUACACAUCAACUCAAGAGGGAGCUUACCGGACUCAAUCAUUGGGUUAGGGCGCUGGUCGCCAACGGAAACUAUCUCUACAGUGGCUCUUAUCAAACAAUUAAGGUAUGGGAUCUGAACACAUUGGAGAUUGUACACAGUCUGCAGACAAGUGGGGGCAGUGUUUAUUCUAUCGCUAUCACCAAUCAUCACAUCAUUGCUGGAACAUAUGAGAACUGCAUACAUGUAUGGGAUAAGAAUGAAUAUAGUCAGAUUGAGACAUUGACUGGUCAUGUUGGUACAGUCUAUGCUCUAGCUGUCAUCAGUGCUCCAGGAAUGACAAAGGUUUUCAGUGCUUCAUACGAUCGAUCAUUAAGGGUAUGGAACAUGGAGAACAUGAUCUGUACACAGACACUCAUCAGACAUCAGGGUAGCGUUGCUUGUCUAGCUGUCUCAAGAGGGCGCUUGUUUUCUGGAGCUGUUGACAGUUCAGUCAAGGUUUGGCAGUGAGAUGAUGACACUAGGAUAUGAUUGAGAUGUCAGACGUCAUUCCGAGCCGGAAAGAGGAAAUAAAGGUCAAAGGUCAUAACCUCAGACCUUGUAAAAUAUUGGACAUUGGAGACUGGAACAAAAGAGAUGCUUGAUAGAAAUAACCUUUUUACCCACCCAUUUAUUUAAAAGUGAGGAUUUUUAUAUUUUUACUUUUAGAAUUUAUAGGAUGGUUAAUCUAUUGAAAAAAAGUUUCAAAACAUUUUUUGGGGGAAAACUUUUAUUUUGAAACAUGGGAGACUGUGAAGAAGAGGAAGCUCCAAUGAAUAUCGCUUCAAAAAUGAACUUUAGUUUGAAAGUGAGUGUUGGCAGAGAGAAGGCUGACAUCUCUAAUGUAUGUCCCCUGUCAUCCAAUCAUUCCCUGCCAACUUAAAGUGGUCAGUUCCUAUCCACUUAUACAUCAAACCUCAUUAAAUAAGCGUGUUCCACAGUAAUGUGUUUGCUCACCUCAUCUGUUCAUGCAAAGCAAUUUUUGUGUGACUUUGCAAUGUAAUGUUUUAUUCAUAUUUUUAAGCAACUCUUAUGUCAUGUAUUAGAUUCAGAUUUGUAUUUAUAGCUAAUUGUUAUUGUAUAAGGGUUCAACAUUGAUGUUAAUUAGAAUGGGGCAUUACCCUUUUCAUGAGUGUACAACAAUUGUAUAGUAAUUAACACAUAACAAGAGCCUUCCUCUCAAUAUUUGAAAAAUGCUUCUUUUUGUUUGAUCUCUAGCUGAAAAAAAAAUAUUCAAGAUUGUUUUCUCCCGACUCCACAGCAGUCUGUGAUGGCCUCAUUAAAUUUAUAAGAUCUUGAGUUUUCAACAUUAUCUUUUCUCCUUCUAGCAUACAAAUAAUAUACCAUAAUCUUAUCAAUACAUAUUGUCUUGAUCCAUAAUACAUUAUCUGUUAUUAAUCGGGCUUUAGUUAUUUUUCUGUAUAGUAGAUGAAAUGGAGGUGCAGUUGUCUUGAUAGAACUUCAGAUAGAAUAUUUAACUGUGUUAUAAUAGAUCUGUUUCAAUGGUGAUACACAGACAUGCAAUUUUGUAAUUGAAACUUAUGCAUUUUUUUUAUCUUUGAAUUUCUGAUCAGUGAGAGUAUUUGAUUGCACACUAAACAUGAUUAAGAACAAUAUCUUUUGUUAGGUUUCAUGGUACAUGUAGAUGGUGGUCCAUUUGUUUAAUCAUGUAAAGAGAAAAAUAUAAAAUUAAGAAUUAUAAAAUGAAAAAAAAAAAUAAUGUAAACAUCAACUACUCACAUAAUGUACAUUUCACUAGUCAUUUCAUGAAGUUUUUUUAAGGAAGAUGUAAAUACAAUGCAUUAUUAUUUAAAUAUAUUUGUACAGGUAAAUAUUAACUUGAAAGUUAUGUGUAUAUAGAUUAUGUUCCCAAGAAAAAAAAAAUGAUGAGAUGUAAGAAUUUAUUUUGUUAGUGAGAAUUAGUGAUUGGCUCGCAUGUACAAGCCAACUGCUUCAAUUUUCUCUCAAAUAUAUGUAUCUGAUUAUGCUUUUAAUCUUUAUUUAGUUUUUUUAUGUGUUUUAUGUUUUUCCCCCCAUUUACACAAAAACUCACGUUCAGUCAGGGGGAGACGGGUGUACUUUCAUUCUUCAAUUAAUCACCGUUAUAUUUCAUCCGUAAAGAACAGACAAUUCAAGAUAUUUUAUUGAAAAGUU